CUUGCGCGGCUCUGGGCGCCUAGUUUCAGUUUCGUGCAGAGCGCGGAGGUGUGAGGAGCGCGGAGGACCUAGUCUUUCCCCCAGAUAAUCAGCAGCCCCAGAGGCAACAGAAGACAGAGUCCGGACCUGAGUAAUGGGCAGGCUAAACAUCACAUCUUGACCUAAAUUAUGUUCUAGCCUCGGAGCCCCAAGGUGGAGUGAGCCCCUGCGGGACACGGGAAAAGACGUCAGCAGGGCGCCGUGCCUCCAAUUGGACAUGCCGCUUGCGAAGCUAAUUGGACCCUGCUCGGAUGUUGUCUGAAGCUGACCACUGGAGGCCUGCCCUAUGGAAACAACCAGCAAAUCCAGCUCAAGGCCCAGGACUCGGCCCAGGUACCCCUGAGACUGUCUCCACGGACACCCUAGAGCAUCGAUGAUGAACCAGGAAGCCAAGGCCAGCUCCUCAUGGACCCCAUUAGCCUCCAGCUGGGCACCAAGAACCAGUGGGGUUGGCUCGUGAGUCUGCUCAGCAGUGACCCAGAAUGGCUGAGUGCCAAGGUGAAGUUCUUCCUCCCCAACAUAGACCUGGGCUCCAGGGACGAGGACCCAGACCCCAGACAGAGGGUCCUCCUACAACUCAGGGAGCUGCACACCCACGGCCUGGCCACCUGGCAGGCCUUCAUCCACUGUGUGUGCAUGGAGCUGGAGGUGCCCCUGGAGCUGGAGGUGCAGCUGCUGAGCACGUGGGGCCAUGGAGAUGAGUUUCCCGGUCCUUCGGAAACGGGUGCAGAAAGCCAGCCUGAACCUCCCCUCUACCUCGGCCUCAAGCGGCCUCGUCAGAGCUGCGGGUCCUCACCCCGCCGGAAGCAGUUCAGGAGGCAGCAGCCCGAACUGGCCAAGAGGUACCUACAGCAACUGAGGACCUCGGCCCAGCAGCGCUAUGGUGGCGAGCUCCCAGGGCCAGGGCAGCCCCUCGCCUUCCACCAGACCUACGUCCCCCCAAUCCUGCAGUGGAGCCGGGCCACAGCACCCUUCAGCACUCAGGAGGGGGCCGUGCCGGGGAGCCCCAGGGCAGAGGACGCGGACCUGAGCCUCCAGGACCUCUUCGGCCCCAGGGCGGACAAGGGCCCGAGGGUGAUGGUGCUCCUGGGGAAGGCGGGCAUGGGCAAGACCACGCUGACCCGCUGGCUCUGCCAGAAGUGGGCCGACGGCCAGCUGGACCGCUUCCAGGCCCUGUUCCUGUUUGAGUUCCGCCAGCUCAACCUGCUGGCGGAGGCCCCGACGCUGCCCCAGCUCCUGUUCGACCUGUACCUGCGCCCCGAGGAGGGCCCCGACGCCGUCCUCCAGUACCUGGAGAGGAACGCCAAGGGGGUCCUGCUCAUCUUCGAUGGGCUGGAGGAGGUCCUCCACCCCCAUCCCAGCGGGGAGGCCGCGGGCCCCGAGGCACCAGGCCCAGCCCUCGCCCUCUUCUCUGGCCUGUGCCGGGGGACCCUCCUGCCUGGCUGCAGGGUCAUGGCCACCUCCCGGCCAGGGAAGCUGCCGGACUGCCUGCCCACCGAGGCGGCCACCAUCCACCUGUGGGGCUUCGACGGGCCGCGGGUGGAGGAGUACGCGGGCCGCUUCUUCAGCAACCAGCCGGCCCGGGAGGCGGCCCUGGCGGAGCUGCGGGCAAACAGACAUCUCCGGGGCAUGUGCGCGGUGCCCGCCCUGUGCCGGAUUGCCUGCCUCUGCCUCCGCCAUCUGCUCCCGGACCUCCCUCUGGGCCAGUCUGCGGCCCUCCUGCCCACCGUGACUCAGAACUACGUGCAGAUGGUGCUCGCCCUCAGCCCCCGCGGGCACCGGACCGACGAGGCCCUGAGGGGCCUGGGGGAGGUGGCCCUGAGGGGUCUGGAGACGGGGAAGGUGAUCUUCUCUGCAGGAGACAUCCCUCCUGCCAUGAUGGCCUUCGGGGCGGCCCUGGGCCUGCUCACCUCCUUCUGCGUGUGCACAGGCCCCAGGCAGCAGGAGCCGGGCUAUGCCUUCACCCACCUCAGCCUGCAGGAGUUUCUGGCUGCCCUGCAUCUGAUGGCCAGUCCCGAGGUGGACAGAGACGCACUCGCCCGCCACGUCACCCUCAAUUCUCGCUGGCUGCUGCGGACCAAAGCCAGACUGGGCCUCUGGGACCACCUCCCCAUCUUCCUGGCGGGUCUGGCAUCCUCCGCCUGCUCUCCCUUCCUCCGCCGCCUGGCGGAGCGGGGUGAGGCGUGGGUGGGCGCCAAGCAGGCCGCAGUCAUACAGGCCCUGAAGAAGUUGGCCACGCGCAAGCUCACGGGGCCCAAGGUGGUAGAGCUGUGCCGCUGUGUGGACGAGACACAGGAGCCGGAGCUGGCCGGCCUCAUGGCCCGAAGCCUCCCUGACCAGCUGCCCUUCCACAACUUCCCGCUGACCUACGCCGACCUGGCUGCCCUGACCAGCGUCCUGGGGCACAGGGAGGUCCCCAUCCACCUGGAUUUCGAGGGCUGCCCGCUGGAGCCCCGCUGCCCUGAGGCCCUGGCAGGCUGUGGGCGGGUGGAGAGUCUCAGCUUUAAGAGCAGGAAGUGUGGGGACGCCUUUGCAGAAGCCCUCUCCAGGAGCUUGCCGACAAUGGGGAGCCUGAAGAAGCUGGGGUUAGCAGGAAGUAAGAUCACUGCCCGAGGCAUCUACCACCUGGUGCAGGCUUUGCCCCUCUGUCCACACCUGGAAGAGGUCAGCUUUCAGGACAACCAGCUCAAGAACCAGGAGUUGCUGAGCCUCGUGAAGGUCCUCCCUUGCCUGCCGACGCUCCGGAAGCUUGACCUGAGCCACAACCAUGUCUCCAUGGCGACCCUGCUGGGCUUGACCGAGGCGGCAGUCACGUGCCCGACUAUCAGGAUGCUGCAAGUCAGGGAGGCGGACCUCAUCAUCCUUCUCUCCCCGCCCACAGAGACAGCUGCGGAGCUACCUGGAUCCCCAGCCCAACGGGGAAACGCCGGCCAGAAAGAGGCUCGGAGCAGAAGCUUGGCCCUCAGGCUGCAGAAGUGUUGCCUAACCGUCAGGGACGUGGAGAUGCUCAUAGCCCAGCUCCGGGAAGGCCCCCUCCUGGAGGAAGUAGAUCUCUCAGGGAACCAGCUGGAGGACGAAGGCUGUCGACUGGUGGCAGAGGCUGCCCCCCAACUGCACAUCGCCGGGAAGCUGGACCUCAGUGACAACGGACUCUCGGUGGCGGGGCUGCCCUGGGUGCUGAGGGCAGUGAGCAUGUGCCAGAACCUGGCAGACCUGCACAUCAGCCUCAUGCACAAAACUGUGGUUCUCACGUUUGCCCCAGAACCGGAGGAGCAGGAGGGGACCCAGGAGAGGGCUGCGUUUCUUGACAGCCUUACGCUCCAGAUGUCCUCUGAGCUGCCCCCGAGCUCCCUGAGGAUCAGGCUGACACACUGCGGUUUGCAAGCUGAGCACCUGCAGCAGCUCUGCAAGGCCCUAGAAGGAAGCUGUCGCCUGGGCCACCUCGACUUAUCAAGCAAUGCUCUGGGGGAUGAAGGUGCGGCUCAGCUGGCUCGGUGGCUCCCAGCGCUGGGCCCUCUGCAGUCCUUGAACCUCAGUGAGAACCGCUUGUCCCUGGACACUGUGUUCAGUUUGGCCCAGUGUUUCUCUGCGGUGCCGUGGGUCCUCCAGCUGGACAUCAGCUUUGAGAGCCAGCACGUGGUCCUGAGAGGCGGCAGAAGAGCCAGGCAUCUGUCGGCCCGCCGCCCUCCGCCAGAGUCCCCCGCCCAAGCCCAGUCCUUGGGGUCCGGUCAGCGCUGCGUCCCCAGGAGCUUCUGCCUCAGGGAGUGUCGCCUGGAGGGCCUGAGUCUCACGCACCUCUGCGAGGCUCUGGAGAAGUGCCCGGGGCCUCUGGAAGUCAGAUUGUCCUGCGUGGUGCUGAGUGACCAGAGCCUGGACACCCUGCUGGGGCACCUGCCCCGGCUCCCCCAGCUGAGCCUCCUGCAGCUGAGCCAGACGCCACUGUCCCCGAGGAGCCCCUUUCUGCUGGCUCACCGCCUCGGCCUGUGCCCACGAGCGGAGAAGGUGGAUCUCAGGUCCUUGCAUGAUGCCACCCUGCACUUCAGGUCCAGCGAGGAGCAGAAAGGCGGGCGCUGUGGCAGGUUCACGGACUGUGGCCUCAGCCAGAUGCACGUGGAGCCACUGUGCGAGUUGCUGAGGAAGUGUGAGGACCUCAGCCAGCUGGACCUGUCAGCCAACCAGCUGGGUGACGGCGGGCUCAGGUGCUUGCUGAUGAGUCUGCCUCGGUUGCCCAUCUCGGGUUCUCUUGACCUGAGUGGCAACAGCAUCUCUCAGGAAGGUGCCCUGUGCCUGGUGGAGACCCUCCCUUCCUGCCCACGUAUCCGGGAGGCCGCCGUGAACCUGGGCGCUGAGCAGAGCUUCCGGAUUCACUUCUCCCGACAGGAGGAGGCUGGGAAGACCUUGAGGCUCAGGGAGUGCAGCUUCAGACCGGAGCACGUGCCCAGACUGGCCGCUGGCCUGAGCCAGGCCUGGCACCUGACGGAGCUCACGCUGAGCCGGUGCUGCCUGGACCUGCAACCCCUGACCCUGCUCCUGCGUCUGCUGAGGCGGCCGGAGGGGCUGCUCAGGCUCAGGGUGGAGGAGCCGUGGAUGGGCAGAGCGGGGGUGCUCACCCUGCUACACGUCUGCGCCCAGGCCUCGGGCAACGUCACUGAGAUCAGCAUCUCCGAGAGCCAGCAGCAGCUCUGCCUCCAGCUGAAAUUUCCCCGUCAGGAGAACCCAGAGGCCGUGGCCCGCAGGUUGGCUCGCUGUAACCUCGAGACCCACCACAGCCUUCUUGACGGGAAGCUGAUGGAGAUGUGCACCUGGCUGAGGCAGCUCAGCUUGUCCCAGGUGACCCUCUGCCACGCCAGCUGCCAGCUGCUGCAGAGCUCCCUGCUGCCCCUCUCGGAGCUGAAGACCUUCCGGCUGGCCUCCAGCUGUGUGAGCUCUGGGGGCCUGGCCCCCCUGGCGUCUGGUCUGAGCCGCUGUCGCCACCUGGAGGAGCUGGACUUGUCUAACAAUCAACUUGGUGAGGAGGCCUCCACGGUGCUGGCGGGGGCCCUCAAAGGCAGGAGCUGGCUGAGGAGGCUCGACCUCAGCCACUUCCCCCUGGACGACUCCACCCUGGCUGUACUCGCGCAAGGACUGAGCCACAUGACCCGCCUGCAGAGCCUCUGCCUGAGUGGGGACGACAUUGGUGACGUCGGCUGCUCCUGCCUUGCCAAGGCCCUCGAAGCCGCCACCAGCUUGGAGGAGCUGGGCUUGAGCCACAACCAGAUUGGAGAUGCGGGGGCCCAGCACUUGGCUGCCGUCCUGCCCGGGCUGCCUGAGCUCCGGAGGGUAGACCUCUCAGCGAAUGGCAUCUGCCCGGCUGGGGGAGUGCGGUUGGUGGAGUCCCUCGCCCUUUGCAAGCACCUGGAGGAGCUGAUGCUCGGCUGCAAUGCCCUGGGGGACCCCACAGCCCUGGAGCUGGCCCGGGCGCUGCCCCCACACCUGAGAGUCCUACACCUGCGGUCCAGCCGUCUGGGCCCAGAGGGGGCGCUGAGCCUGGGCCGGGCCCUGGACGGAUGCCCGCAUUUGGAAGAGAUCAGCUUGGCAGAGAACACCCUGGCCGGACAGGUCCCCCACUUCCACACCUCCACCCCGUCCCGCUCUUUCCCCAGCCUGGUUUCCUGUGAGAUCGACGACCAGGCUGCCAAGCUCCUCGCUGCCAGCUUCAUGCUCUGCCCGGCCCUGGAAGAAAUCCUGUUGUCCUGGAACCUGCUUGGGGACGAGGCGGCUGCCGAACUGGCCCAGGUCCUGCCUCGGAUGCAGCGGCUGAAGAGUGUGGAUCUGGAGAAGAAUCGGAUCACAGCGGACGGAGCCUGGCUCCUGGCUGCAGGGCUGGCGCGGGGCUCUGGCGUCCAAGUCAUCCGCCUCUGGAAUAACCACGUCCCCCCGGACGCGGCCCAGCGUCUGCAGAGCCAGGAGCCCCGGCUGGACUUCUCCUUCUUCCCCAACGAGCGGCAGGCCCCUCGGGGGACUUGAUGGCCCCCUCACACCCUUUGGAUCCAGCCCAGCGAUGCCAACAUGCGCCCGCCUGGAUGGAGGCUCAGGAAGAGCCUCAGCGGGCGCCCCCGUCCCCUGCCCCAGAAGGGAGGGACACGUGUGUCCUGCUCCAGUCUUCAGGGAGGACUUGGUGAGAAGCAGGAGCCUCGUGUGGCCAAUGGACUACCUGGCAUCACACGUGACAUGCAUGACCGGGAGAGACAUGUGGCCUCAUGAGGGUGUCGUGAUGUGAUGCAUGACACAGGAGGUCACACGUGGCAGAGUUCCAUGUGACAUUGCAUGGAACCGGCAGGGUGGCCUGUGGGUCAGUGGUCAGGGGUCCUAGCCCCACACAUGAUAGGACACAUAAUUGGUGGUUUGUAGAAGACACAUGACCAAUGUCCAUGUCAUAGGACACGUGGUUGGCCCGAUGCCCGCAGGCUGGUCCAAGAGCUAAUUUAUUACUUUUACAAACCAGGUGUGUAUUUAUAGAUUGCACUUCCAGAGCAGCUAAGCCACGGCCCGUCUUCCACUUGGGACUGGGGCGAGGGGAGUGUCUGAGCACUGACCAGCCCCAUGAACCAAGCUAGGGGCUCAGCCACGAGUCUUCAGGAUGAGCCUCAGUUCCCCCAUCAGUAAACUGGUGACCCGUCCCCUUAAGUGCUGACCUGCGAGGACUGUGGGCCAGGUCCAGGCGGAGCCAGCUUGACCUGUGGAUGGAGGGGGCCCAGUGUCCGGUGUGAGGGACAAAGCCAGGUCUGAGCUAAUGAGGCAAGGCCGUGGGGUCCAGCCACUACCUCAGCGGGACCCGGUGAGCUCCCAGGGGCCGCAUGUGCUUACACAGUGUUCCUGUAACUCCCAAGAGGGCGCCAGGAUGGCCCUGCUACCCUCGAAGGCACAUGUGACCAAUAAAUGUGAUGGUUUCCCA